AUGUCAUCAUCAAGAAAGAAAACAUUAUUGAAAGUUAUCAUUUUGGGAGAUUCAGGAGUUGGUAAGACUUCUCUUAUGCAACAGUUUGUUAAUAACAAAUUCUCCCAUCAAUAUAAGGCAACAAUUGGUGCUGAUUUCUUAACUAAAGAAAUCACUAUUGAUAAUAAUAAACAAGUCGCAUUACAAAUCUGGGAUACUGCUGGUCAAGAAAGAUUCCAAAGUUUGGGUGUGGCAUUUUACAGAGGUGCUGAUUGUUGUGUAUUAUGUUUUGAUGUAACAAAUGAAAAAUCUUUAAAUAAUUUAACUAGUUGGAAAGAUGAAUUUUUAGUUCAAUCAAAUGUUUCUAAUCCUCAAGAUUUCCCAUUUAUUAUAAUAGGUAAUAAAAUAGAUGUUGACGACUCAAAGAAAAUACCUUCCUUAUCUAAAAAAUUAAACAAUAUUACAAAUAAUCAAUUGGGCGGUUUCAAUUAUCCAGUAUUUGAAACAAGUGCUAAAGAUGGAGUUAAUGUUGAAGCUGCAUUCGAAGUGAUUGCCAAGAUGGCUUUACAACAAGAAGAAUUAAAUGCAAAUAAUGGUAAUGAUGCAAAUGAUGACUACAAUGAUCCAAUAAAUAUCCAUUUGGACUCAGAAUCAAGUGCAUGUGGAUGUUAG